AUGUCCAGCAAGCCUUCACGCCGCGCUCAGCUUCGCGGCGCCGCGAGUGCGGCCCCCAGUGAGGGCACCGCGGGAGCAGCGCUUCCGCCUUCGCUGUUCGCCAAGGGCCCCUUCCCCUUCCGCUCUGCCCUCCUCGCCUCCGCCGCCCCCGACACGCUUCCGCCAGGCCCUGGCGGGGAAACGCAGGCGGCGGGCGUCGAGACGACGGACGGCGGUCGCACUGACACGGUUCGCUGCUCCGAGGGCGCGGAGGGGAGGGGCGAGAGUGACGGCAGCGACGGGUUGGGCGGUCAGCGGCGAGGGCUGACGUGUUGGAGUUGCGGGGAGGCGUUUGAUGACGUGGCGGAGCAGCGCGCACACUUCAAGAGCGACUGGCACCGCCUCAACGUGCGCCGCCCUGCUGUGCCCCUUGCCCCCUUGCCCCCUUGCCCUUGCCCCUUGCCCCCAUGCCCCUUGUCCUUGCCCCCAUGCCCCCCGCCCCCAUGCCCCCCGCCCCCAUGCCCCCCGCCCCCAUGCCCCCCGCCCCCAUGCCCCCCGCCCCCAUGCCCCCCGCCCCCAUGCCCCAUGCCCCCAUCAUUCCUCCAUGCCACUAUGACCCCACCCUCCUUUCCUUUCCGUCCCACUCUUCUCCAAUUCUCCUCUCCUCCGCUCCCCCUAAUCUCCUCUCCUUCGUUCCUCUUCUCUCAUCCUCUGCUCCUCCUCUUCUCCGGUCGCGCAGCGCUGUCAGAGGAGGCCUUCGCCGCGCUGCUGGACGCCAGGCGCACGGGGGAGGGGGGAAGGCGCAGGGGCAGGCAGGGCAGUGCGGAUACCGUGGGCGCUGCUGUGAGUGGCGGGGCGGGCGGGGCAGCAGAGGAGCAGCAGGGGGAGGGGGGAGGCGAGGAGGACGAUGACUGGUCGAGCAUUUCCGGGUCGGAGGACGAGGAAGGGGGGGACGACGCGGACGAGGGGCAGCAGCAGCAGGGGGAGGGGGAGGGCAGGGUAGCAGGGGCAGGGCGGGGGGCGAAGGUGCACUUCGUGCUGCCCCACACGGGCGUCACUUUCGCCCUUUGGCGUGCGCUCUUCCCCCCAGGUGCGCUCUUCCCCCCAGGUGCGCUCUUCCCCCCAGGUGCGCUCUUCCCCCCAGGUGCGCUCUUUCCCCCAGGUGCGCUCUUCCCCCCAGGUGCGCUCUUCCCCCCAGGUGCGCUCUUCCCUCCAGGUGCGCUCUUCCCUCCAGGUGCGCUCUUCCCCCCAGGUGCACUCUUCCCCCCAGGUGCGCUCUUCCCUCCAGGUGCGCUCUUCCCUCCAGGUGCGCUCUUUCCCCCAGGUGCGCUCUUCCCCCCAGGUGCGCUCUUCCCCCCAGGUGCGCUCUUCCCUCCAGGUGCGCUCUUCCCUCCAGGUGCGCUCUUCCCCCCAGGUGCGCUCUUCCCCCCAGGUGCGCUCUUCCCCCCAGGUGCGCUCUUCCCCCCAGGUGCGCUCUUCCCCCCAGGUGCGCUCUUCCCCCCAGGUGCGCUCUUCUCCCCAGGUGCGCUCUUCCCCCCAAGUGCGCUCUUCCCCCCAGGUGCGCUCUUCCCCCCAGGUGCGCUCUUCCCCCCAGGUGCGCUCUUCCCCCCAGGUGCGCUCUUCCCCCCAGGUGCGCUCUUCCCCCCAGGUGCGCUCUUCCCCCCAGGUGCGCUCUUCCCCCCAGGUGCGCUCUUCCCCCCAGGUGCGCUCUUCCCCCCAGGUGCGCUCUUCCCCCCAGGUGCGCUCUUCCCCCCAGGUGCGCUCUUCCCCCCAGGUGCGCUCUUCCCCCCAGGUGCGCUCUUCCCCCCAGGUGCGCUCUUCCCCCCAGGUGCGCUCUUCCCCCCAGGUGCGCUCUUCCCCCCAGGUGCGCUCUUCCCCCUAGGUGCGCUCUUCCCUCCAGGUGCGCUCUUCCCCCCAGGUGCGCUCUUCCCCCCAGGUGCGCUCUUCCCUCCAGGUGCGCUCUUCCCUCCAGGUGCGCUCUUCCCCCAGGUGCGCUCUUCCCCCCAGGUGCGCUCUUCCCCCCAGGUGCGCUCUUCCCCCCAGGUGCGCUCUUCCCCCCAGGUGCGCUCUUCCCUCCAGGUGCGCUCUUCCCUCCCAGGUGCGCUCUUCCCCCCAGGUGCGCUCUUCCCCCCAGGUGCGCUCUUCCCCCCAGGUGCGCUCUUCCCCCAGGUGCGCUCUUCCCCCCAGGUGCGCUCUUCCCCCCAAGUGCGCUCUUCCCCCAGGUGCGCUCUUCCCCCAGGUGCGCUCUUCCCCCCAGGUGCGCUCUUCCCCCCAGGUGCGCUCUUCCCCCCAGGUGCGCUCUUCCCCCCAGGUGCGCUCUUCCCCCCAGGUGCGCUCUUCCCCCCAGGUGCGCUCUUCCCCCCAGGUGCGCUCUUCCCUCCAGGUGCGCUCUUCCCCCCAGGUGCGCUCUUCCCCCCAGGUGCGCUCUUCCCCCCAGGUGCGCUCUUCCCCCCAGGUGCGCUCUUCCCCCCAGGUGCGCUCUUCCCCGCCAGGUGCGCUCUUCCCCCCAGGUGCGCUCUUCCCCCCCAGGUGCGCUCUUCCCCCCAGGUGCGCUCUUCCCUCCAGGUGCGCUCUUCCCCCCAGGUGCGCUCUUCCCCCCAGGUGCGCUCUUCCCCCCAGGUGCGCUCUUCCCCCCAGGUGCGCUCUUCCCCCCAGGUGCGCUCUUCCCCCCCAGGUGCGCUCUUCCCCCCAGGUGCGCUCUUCCCCCCAGGUGCGCUCUUCCCCCAGGUGCGCUCUUCCCCCCAGGUGCGCUCUUCCCCCCAGGUGCGCUCUUCCCUCCCAGGUGCGCUCUUCCCCCCAGGUGCGCUCUUCCCCCAGAGUGCGCUCUUCCCUCCAGGUGCGCUCUUCCCCCCAGGUGCGCUCUUCCCCCCAGGUGCGCUCUUCCCCCCAGGUGCGCUUCCCAGGUGCGCUCUUCCCCCCAGGUGCGCUCUUCCCUCCCAGGUGCGCUUUCCCCCCAGGUGCGCUCUUCCCCCCAGGUGCGCUCUUCCCCACCAGGUGCGCUCUUCCCCCCCAGGUGCGCUCUUCCCCCCACGUGCGCUCUUCCCCCCAGGUGCGCUCUUCCCCCCAGGUGCGCUCUUCCCCCCAGGUGCGCUCUUCCCCCCAGGUGCGCUCUUCCCCCCAGGUGCGCUCUUCCCCCCAGGUGCGCUCUUCCCUCCAGGUGCGCUCUUCCCCCCAGGUGCGCUCUUCCCCCCAGGUGCGCUCUUCCCCCCAGGUGCGCUCUUCCCCCCAGGUGCGCUCUUCCCUCCAGGUGCGCUCUUCCCCCCAGGUGCGCUCUUCCCCCCAGGUGCGCUCUUCCCCCCAGGUGCGCUCUUCCCUCCAGGUGCGCUCUUCCCUCCAGGUGCGCUCUUCCCCCCAGGUGCGCUCUUCCCCCCAGGUGCGCUCUUCCCUCCAGGUGCGCUCUUCCCUCCAGGUGCGCUCUUCCCCCCAGCUGCGCUCUUCCCCCCAGCUGCGCUCUUCCCCCAGGUGCGCUCUUCCCUCCAGGUGCGCUCUUCCCUCCAGGUGCGCUCUUCCCCCAGGUGCGCUCUUCCCCCCAGGUGCGCUCUUCCCCCCAGGUGCGCUCUUCCCCCCAGGUGCGCUCUUCCCCCCAGGUGCGCUCUUCCCCCCAGGUGCGCUCUUCCCCCCAGGUGCGCUCUUCCCCCCAGGUGCGCUCUUCCCCCCAGGUGCGCUCUCCCCCCAGGUGCGCUCUUCCCCCCAGGUGCGCUCUUCCCCCCAGGUGCGCUCUUCCCCGCAGGUGCGCUCUUCCCCCCAGGUGCGCUCUUCCCCCCAGGUGCGCUCUUCCCCCCAGGUGCGCUCUUCCCCCCAGGUGCGCUCUUCCCCCCAGGUGCGCUCUUCCCCCCAGGUGCGCUCUUCCCCCCAAGUGCGCUCUUCCCCCCAGGUGCGCUCUUCCCCCCAGGUGCGCUCUUCCCCCCAGGUGCGCUCUUCCCCCCAGGUGCGCUCUUCCCCCCAGGUGCGCUCUUCCCCCCAGGUGCGCUCUUCCCUCCAGGUGCGCUCUUCCCCCCAGGUGUGCUCUUCCCCCCAGGUGCGCUCUUCCCCCCAGGUGCGCUCUUCCCCCCAGGUGCGCUCUUCCCCCCAGGUGCGCUCUUCCCCCCAGGUGCGCUCUUCCCCCCAGGUGCGCUCUUCCCCGCAGGUGUGCUCUUCCCCCCAGGUGCGCUCUUCCCUCCAGGUGCGCUCUUCCCCCCAGGUGCGCUCUUCCCCCCAGGUGCGCUCUUCCCCCCAGGUGCGCUCUUCCCCCCAGGUGCGCUCUUCCCCCCAGGUGCGCUCUUCCCUCCAGGUGCGCUCUUCCCCCCAGGUGCGCUCUUCCCCCCAGGUGCGCUCUUCCCCCCAGGUGCGCUCUUCCCCCCAGGUGCGCUCUUCCCCGCAGGUGUGCUCUUCCCCCCAGGUGCGCUCUUCCCCCUAGGUGCCCUCUUCCCCCCAGGUGCGCUCUUCCCUCCAGGUGCGCUCUUCCCUCCAGGUGCGCUCUUCCCUCCAGGUGCGCUCUUCCCCCCAGGUGCGCUCUUCCCCCCAGGUGCGCUCUUCCCCCCAGGUGCGCUCUUCCCCCCAGGUGCGCUCUUCCCCCCAGGUGCGCUCUUCCCCCCAGGUGUGCUCUUCCCCCCAGGUGCGCUCUUCCCCCCAGGUGCGCUCUUCCCCCCAGGUGCGCUCUUCCCCCCAGGUGCGCUCUUCCCCCCAGGUGCGCUCUUCCCCCCAGGUGCGCUCUUCCCCCCAGGUGCGCUCUUCCCUCCAGGUGCGCUCUUCCCCCCAGGUGCGCUCUUCCCCCCAGGUGCGCUCUUCCCCCCAGGUGCGCUCUUCCCCCCAGGUGCGCUCUUCCCCCCAGGUGCGCUCUUCCCCCCAGGUGCGCUCUUCCCCCCAGGUGCGCUCUUCCCCCCAGGUGCGCUCUUCCCCCCAGGUGCGCUCUUCCCCCCAAGUGCGCUCUUCCCCCCAGGUGCGCUCUUCCCCCCAGGUGCGCUCUUCCCCCCAGGUGCGCUCUUCCCCCCAGGUGCGCUCUUCCCCCCAGGUGCGCUCUUCCCGCCAGGUGCGCUCUUCCCUCCAGGUGCGCUCUUCCCCCCAGGUGCGCUCUUCCCCCCAGGUGCGCUCUUCCCCCCAGGUGCGCUCUUCCCCCCAGGUGCGCUCUUCCCCCCAGGUGCGCUCUUCCCCCCAGGUGCGCUCUUCCCCCCAGGUGCGCUCUUCCCCCCAGGUGCGCUCUUCCCCCCAGGUGCGCUCUUCCCCCCAGGUGCGCUCUUCCCCCCAGGUGCGCUCUUCCCCCCAGGUGCGCUCUUCCCUCCAGGUGCGCUCUUCCCUCCAGGUGCGCUCUUCCCCCCAGGUGCGCUCUUCCCCCCAGGUGCGCUCUUCCCCCCAGGUGCGCUCUUCCCUCCAGGUGCGCUCUUCCCUCCAGGUGCGCUCUUCCCCCCAGGUGCCCUCUUCCCCCCAGGUGCGCUCUUCCCCCCAGGUGCGCUCUUCCCCCCAGGUGCGCUCUUCCCUCCAGGUGCGCUCUUCCCCCCAGCUGCGCUCUUCCCCCCAGGUGCGCUCUUCCCCCCAGGUGCGCUCUUCCCCCCAAGUGCGCUCUUCCCUCCAGGUGCGCUCUUCCCUCCAGGUGCGCUUUUCCCCCCAGGUGCGCUCUUCCCCCCAAGUGCGCUCUUCCCUCCAGGUGCGCUCUUCCCUCCAGGUGCGCUCUUCCCCCCAGGUGCGCUCUUCCCCCCAGGUAUUCACCUCCCACCUCCACUGUUCCCUGCUGUGCCCACCUUCCCCCUUGCUCCCCCUCCUUCCCCGUCCUCCCCUGCCCCCCCAGAGGAGGGCGCGGACCUGCUGCAGGCGCUCGUGGCGCUGGGGGAGGGCGCAGGGGGGGCGGACGGGGGAGCAUUCAGAGGAGGGGGGGAGGGGAGUGCGGAGGCUGGGGAAAAGGAUGGGGGAAGGAGCAGGGGGGGUGGGGGGGUGGAUUCAGCGAGGGGCAAGGCAGGCGGGGGUGCAGCACAGGUGGUGGAGGCGGGGAGAGGAGGCACGCUGGUGGUGAAGUCGGGGCGGCAGGAGAGGGGCGGCGGGGGGUGGGGGGGGGAGCGCGUGUGGGUGGUGGUGCUGAGCUCGGGGGGGCACUUCGCCGCCGUGGUGGUGGACGCUGCCUCCCACGGCGCCGUGCUCGCCCACCGCUCCUUCCACCGGUGCGUGCAGGGAGGGGGAGGAGGAAUGGAGGAGAGGGGGGAGGGAGGGGAAGUGUGUGUGGCACACAUGCAUGGGUGGUGGGGCACACAUGCAUGGGUGGUGGGGCACACAUGCAUGGGUGGUGGGGCACACAUGCAUGGGUGGUGGGGCACACAUGCAUGGGUGGGGGAGGAGGAGCCGUGUGACGUGGACUGGUGGGGAGCUGGCCAUGGCUGCCGUGGCUGCAGCUCUCCCUGCACCCCACUCCCCCUCCCCUCUCCACCCAUGUCCGCCCGUGUGCACCGCUGCCCGCCCAUGCCCGCCCGGCCCCCCAUCAGGUAUGUGGUGCGAGCCAAGGCGGGGGGGCGGCAGGCAACGAGGGACGGCGCGGGCAGGGCGCCGCAGUCAGCGGGGGCGAGCCUGAGGCGCUACAACGAGGCGGCGCUCAUCAAGCCCUUCUGCCUUUCCUCUCCUUUGCUUGCCUUCCCCUCCAUCCCUGUCCCUUUCCCAUGUCUCCUGUUCUUUCUUUCCUACCCUUACCCUCGUGCCUUGUUUUGUUCCCGCUGCCUCUAUUCGUCCUCUCCCCCAACUCCUCGUCCCCCCCAUGGCUCGCAGGACAUACGAGCCCUGCUGCAGCGCUGGCAGCCCUACCUGGCUCAAGCGCAGUUCAUCUUCGUGCACGCCACCGCACCCAACCGCGCUGCACUCUUCGGCACCGCGGCAGAGGCCCAAGCUAGUCGGGGCACAGGGGGGGCGGGGGCAGUGCUGCUGCAGGCGCGCGACCCGCGCGUGCGGAGAGUGCCCUUCCCCGUGCGCCGCCCCACCGUGAAGGAGGCGCUGCGCGUGGCGCACUCGCUGGCACACGUGCACGUGCUGGGGGGGGCGCAGGGGGCCGAGGGGGGCGAGGGCAGGGCGGCGGGGGUGGGGUGUGAGGAGGGGGGAGAGCUGGCUGUGACUGGCAAGGGGGUGGCGCCAGUGAGUGGGGGGGAGAAGGGGGCAGAGCGCAGCAAGGGAGAGGGUGGGGUGCAGAUGGGUGAGAGGGAGGUGGAGGGAGGGUUGCGGGGCACUGGGAGGGAGGGCGAUGGGGAUGUGGAGUUGAAGGGAGAUAGGGAAGGGGAGGAGAGAGGAGAGGCGAGUGGGACCAGUGGAGGGGAGGUGGAGGAGAAGGAGGCAGCGGGGCAAGGGUGGGUGAGGACGGCACUGCAUGUGGCAGCUGCUGCAGGUGGGUGGAUGGUGGGCGCAGCGGGUGUG